UGAGGUUUUUGAGACCCCAUAUUUAAACCUCAAGUGAGAUUUUAUUUUAACCAACUAGGCUUAAAAAAGCUUUUUAGCUUUGCUUACAAAGGUUUUAAUCCCCAGUAUUUAAAAUUAACCUCGAAAGAGACUUACUCUACUGAACCAGUUAGGCUUUAAGUUUCUCCGAUUAUUUUAAAUUUGGAUUGUUUAGUCAAGUUUUCUCAGGUUAAAACACGUCUGGCUGUGUUGUCUUUUCGCCUUUUCGUAGGGCGAAGCUGGAAUUCUUGUUUAUAUGACCAAAACAGCAAAUUUUCAAGCUAAGUUGUUCAGGUAUGGAUGAUCAGCAGCUUUGUAACCUGGCGAUUACGUUAAAGAGCGAAGGAGCUCAGAGAACUGACGAAGAAGACAACAGAAAUAACAACGAAAACAAUGAGGGGUUGGAGCAACAUAACCAAACUACAAACCAGUGUAACAUGCCGAGGUACUCAGUAGUUCUAGCAGAGUACCCGUAUGCAGUGUUCUUCGUGACCUCAUUGGUGAUCGUGAUUUGUGGUCUCUGCUCCUUUGUUCCUCAGUUUAAUGCUCCUGAAAUUCCAGAUUUUUCCACUCCAGUUAUGGGUUUUGAUCCUCGUGGAACAGUAAUCAACAAACGAUAUCGCACGAUGCUUGCGCUCGGGAAGGCUGCAAAUCGUUGACUCGUUGCAACCAGUCCGAAACAAGAUAUUAAUAUCACCAUUGGCAACGUGUCUUCACUUGUUGAUCUACUUACCACGAAGACAACAAAAACCCGAAGGGAUGAAAAGCUCGGUCAGGUUAAGAGCAAAUAUCGUCUGGCCAUGUGUGACAGUCCAAAUGUCUUCAUGAAAAAUACCAUUACGUACAAGAUGGUUUUCGCGUCGAUAACUUCAGGUGGUGAUUUGUUUAAUGUUCCUGAUCUUCGGGCUGUAUGCCGCAUGGAAGAACGAGUCGUGCGGGAGACGGAUGGAUUUCAAUCAAAUUGCUACAGAAGAAACAUCCGUUAUGGCACUGUAACAGUUAGCGAAUGUUGUCCUAGUUGGUCAGUCGGUAAUUACAUCGCAGCUCUUUCAGGGAGAUCCUCUUGCCAAGAUAUAACUUCAGUUGAUGUCGCACGGAUAUUAACGUUACUAAGGCAGUGCGCACCGUUUUUUAACAACGCUUCGUUAAAAGAGAAUUGUUGGAACUUUAAAUAUAGCAUUGGAUAUCCCGUUUGCCAAGGAUUACCCAUAGAGUGUAUCAGAUACAACGCAGUGCACAAUGUGCUUUACUACCUUACAGACAAAGACUUCUUCGCCCCUAAGGGAGACAAGUUGCUAUAUACAGCGGUAUUGAGUCCGGCGAUGAGCGAUAGACAUUUCAGAAGGCAAUUGUAUGAGAAACAUAUCAAGAAGGGGCAAGUGUCAGAUGGAGGUGUUAAAUUAGUAGGAACGGAAUUUCAUUUUUUAAAAUACGAUAUGUUCAACAUCAUGUUAAUGGCAGACAUCAUUUACCCUUCUAUUGCCAUGAUGCUUAUUCUACUGAUUAUGUGGUUUUACACCGAGUCGGUUUUGCUUACGUUUCUGUUAGUGCUUUCCGUUGUGAGUGCGUUGAUAAUUGCCUAUUUCUUGUACAUGAUCGUGCUGGGUUUGAAGUUUUUCCCAUUCCUGAACAUUACUACUUUGAUAUUCCUGGUGGGUAUAGGAGCUGAUGACGCCUUUGUCUUCACUGACGUCUGGCGCCAAUCAAAACAAAACAACCCGGGCGCAUCGCUGACUCGAAUCACCGCUGACACGUUGAAGCACGCAUCUUUAUCGAUGUUCGUUACCAGUUUCACCACAGCGGCUGCCUUUAUUGCCAACUUCAGCUCUCAAAUAACCACCAUUAAAUGCUUCGGCAUCUAUGCAGGUAUAGCCAUUCUCUGCAAGUUCAGCAUGAUGGUCACGUGGUUUCCCGCUGUUUGUGUCAUAAACGAGAAUGUAUGUGCUUCACGGUCCUGCACUAAGGAGUCUUCAAGUCAAAAAAUGAAAGUGUUCUAUGAGAAGUACGUAGCGAAAUUAGUUCGCUAUUGCUUCAAUGAAUUUCUACCUCGAGUGGUUAUAAAAAUGCGGUUUUUCUGGAUAGUCCUCUUCUCGCUUCUUACAUUAGGCGGUUUAGAAGUUCUUCUCUUCGAGCCAGGAUUCCAGCUUCCGACAUCUUCUGAUUUCCAGAUGUUUGAAUCCGAGCAUCCCCUGGAAGCGUACGAACUUCACUUUAAAGAUAAAUUCCGUUUCGAGACAAGUCCUUCACAAGGAAGCGCGACUUUCCCAAUCGAUAUUUUUUGGGGGAUUAAGGCAAUUGACACUGGAGAUUACCUUAACCCGUACGACCAUGGCACAAUUGAAUGGGAUGAGGAUUUUGACAUCACGAGCAAGGAAUCCCAACAAUGGUUUCUGGGUUUCUGCGAAAGGCUUCGCAAGCAAGACUUUUACGCCACAAAAGAAGGUAUAAAGAGCUAUUGUUUUCUAGAGAAGUAUUACAAUCAAAGCUGUGAGGAUCCGCUGACGCCGCAUGUCUCCUAUUACCCUUGUUGCAAAGAUUCGCCCUUUCCUUUCAACAAAACCGUUUUGGAUUCCUGCGCCAUUUCAGCAAACGCUCGUGCGCAGAUUUUAAAAUACAAGAGACAAGACUCGACCAUAGGAAGCUUCAUUUACGACAAACACGGAAAUCUCAAGGGUGUGCACAUGCGCGUGAAAAGUAAUGUGAGAAUUUCGCGCGCGUACGAACCCGCGCACCAGUUCUGGGAGCGCAUUGAAUCCUGGAUGGAGGAUGAAACUAAAAAUGCGCCAGCGGGCAUGCGCAAAGGCUGGUUGAUUAGCACCAUGGAAUUUUACGACUUGCAAAGAAGCCUCUCUACUGGAACACUGGUUUCCAUGGGUAUUGCCAUAGCAAUGGCUUUCGCUGUAAUGUUGCUGACCACUCUGAACGUUCUUGUCAGCAUCUACGCCAUAUUAACAAUCAUUGGUAUUAUUUCUGUUACGAUCGGCUCGUUAGUGCUCAGUGGCUGGAAGCUCAACAUCUUGGAGUCCAUAACUAUGUCUGUCGCAGUUGGUGUCUCCAUUGACUUCGCGAUGCAUUUCGGGGUAGCCUACUGUCUUGCUCCAAAUAAGGAAUGUAGGAAGGCGCGCGUUCAGUUUUCACUGUCCCGGAUGGGAUCCGCCAUCACCAUGGCAGCUGUGACAACAUUCAUUGCUGGUGCAAUGAUGAUGCCGUCCAGAGUCCUGUCCUACUUACAGAUGGGCCAUUUUCUGAUGUUGGUCAUGACCGUAGGAUGGGCCUUUUCGACUUUCUUCUUCCAAGCCCUUUGCUGCACAAUAGGACCACAAGGGGAUUGGGGACAAUUCAGCUGGAGCGACAUUCUUUCGUGGUGCUGUAAGAAGACAUCGGAUAGGACGCCGGGAAGGGAAGAGGCAGUGUUGUUAAGAGACGAGUGCGAAGCAGACGAAAAUGCCCUGGAAAUGACCAGCAACAAUGGUAGAAAAUGUGUUGUCACCAAUGGUAUGCACAUCGCCAGCAAACAAGUGACUUCAGUGUGACCUCACUCAAUCGGCAAGCU